AGGAAUGCAAUACGGAUAUCAUAUCUUGAUUUUUUAUUUUUUUUACACUAUUUAUACUUUAGUUUAAACUCAGAUAUUCCAUGCAUUCUUUGACUUCUUUCUUUCUAUAGCCAGUUGAACUUCUCGACUGGACUUUGAGAGCUAAAGCAAACGAGGCAAAAGCAGGCGUGAGUAGUAAUUUCUUCCUUGGUCCGUGUGAGAGAGCCUUCACACACACACACGCACACACAUACACACACAUACACACACACACAGCUACUCUGUAAACAUACAGCAGGAUCUUCUCACAGAUGAGCUAAAGAUGGUGCCGUUAAGUGGUGUGUGAUGAAGGAUUUUAAAGGCUAGAACUGUAAAUGAAGUUGUCCUCCAGAGACGACAUCGUUGCAUGCUUUCCAAAUAAGUCCGAAGAGCAUUAAGAGAGCCGAACCAAUCAUCAUGAUAGACCUGAGCUACCUGAAUGAGGAGGAGCAGGAGGCUAUUAUGGCAGUGUUAAAGAGGGAUGCUGAACUGAAGAAGGCAGAGGAAGAGCGAGUCAAGACUGCUUCAGGGCAUCUGCAAGAACAAGGCCCUGAGGAGGGCAAACUGAAGUACAUCACAGGGGAGUGGUUUUAUGAGGUAAAGUCUCAGAGACACCAGGACAGAAUUCACGGCUCAGAUAUCAUCAUAGCAUCCAUGAAACAGAAGAAACCUAUGACAGUAGAGUUUUCAACACAGUCAUGGAGAGAGCGACCCAAUAAAGCUAACAAUGAUCUCAUGGCACCACAUCCAAAAUCAACAGACAAGCUAAAGGAGAGGAGACCAACAGAGACUCAGCAAGAAAGUCGAAACAGGCAACGACACAAUCCGUUCAACAAUAUCCCAAUGGAUCUAGACUAUGAUGUAACAAUUGGAGCCUCAGUGCCUGAAACUAAGAAUCCACCAGAAGUGGAUUCUUCACUAAAUCAAGAAGGAUCAGAAAUAGACGCCAAGCCCAAAGAUUUUCACAUUUUACCAGAAAAACCCCCUCGUCUAAAGCCUGUUCCAAAAAAAAGAACGAAAAUUUUUAAUGUCCAGAACUCACCUGCAGACAGCACCAGCUCUAUCUCCAGCCAGAGUGUGUCUACAAAUACAUCUGUGUCCACACAAAGUGCAUCUACAUGCUCCAGCACCAUGUCCCCUGUGUCCACCCAGAGCAUGUCUACAAACUCUGACAGUAGGUCUACUCUGUCCACUCAGAGCAUGUCUACAAACUCAGAAAUCAGGUCUCUUCCACCAAAAGGUAUCCUCAAACACAGUUCCAGCUGCAGCUCCAGUGACUCCAACAUCAAAAGCCGGCUGCCUCAACCCCGCAAAACCCUCAAUGUUGCUUCCACCAAGACUGGUCAUGAACACAUUCUUGAAGAGAAUGCAGUAACCCAGGAGAGUAUAGAGGAGUCUUCCCUCAAUUUAAAAGACAAAGAACCACUAAAGCCCACUUCACCACAGAAGUCGGCCUUUCCAACAUCACGACUGCCAGUCCGAUCCUCAGUGGUGCUGAAUAAUCCAACACAAACGGAUAAAGAGAAGCCAAACAUUCAACCACGACUGAGUCUGAGUUCCAGCACACAGUCAAAUGAUGAACAAAAAACAGAAGGCAUACUGGAUAAUAAGCAACAAUGUGAAAAGAGUUCAAGUUGGUUGACAUCUGCAGAACCGGAAAAACAAAAUAUAGCUGUUGGAAUGAUGAAGGAACCUCUCUCGAUUCCUAGAGCAAGGGCCAAGUCACCAUAUGAAGCCCUGUUAGCCAAACCAUUAAAACAGAGCAUAAACCCUCAAAUCUUACUGAAGAACCAAGAGAAAGAGGACAGUAAGGCAUCUAAGAGGGAAAAUGAAAAGACAGAAGAAAAAUUGGACCAUCCUUUAAGCAUAAGAGAUCAGCAGGCAUAUGAAGCCAGCAACCCAACUAAUGCAUGUAAUAGGACUGAUCCUUCCUUUGCAACAUGUGAAAGUGACUACAUGCCGUGUCCGUUUGAUAUGAAGAUAACUAGAGGCACUAACAAUAAGACAGAGGAUUGCACAAACCCUCGUAUGGCUAAACUCCGUUCUCCCAAAGCUUCUGAAGAACAAGGAGACUCCAUUGCUAAAGUUUUAGAAUGGUUCAGCAGAAGCUCAGACAGCAGUGAUAAACUUGACUAUGAGGGCAUUUUACCAGACACUGAAGAUGAUAUCAGGAUUGAAGACAUUGACUUUGACAAUGAGACCAAUUCAAGACCCAAUGCAGAGAACAAUGUAUACUUGAUCAUUCCAAGACAUAUGCAUGAGGAUAGAGCUAUGACGAAUGAUGUAUUUUUAAACAAGAGUGAUUUAGCAGUAGAGAAAGAUAAGAAAGAGGCUUCUAUGAAUUCUCAGGCUGUUCAGGAUCUAAUUGAUCAGACUAAACCAUUGAGCACAGAAGAAAUUUCUGCCAUUGGAUCUUCUAGUCUAUUUAGGCACAGAUCACCACAGGACACCAGUAUUAGACUGUUGGAUCCUGAAAAAACAACUCCAAAAGAGAAAGAGCUUGAGACCGCUGACAAAAAUAAAGAAAUUCUGGACAAUAAUCCCAAUCAACAUGAACUGCAAGGACUUAAAGUUAGUCACUCACCGAAAAUCGCCAAUGUGCAGUCACUGUGGGAACGAGGUACCAUUGAGGAACCAGUGAUGCUAUUGAGCAAACCAAACAUAAAUUCUGAAAAGGAAAAUAUUGACCAAAAUAAUUUUGGCAGGAAGGUGAUUGAGUUUAAAGAGGAACCAACCAAAACUGACAUUAGUCCAAAAUAUUCAGUAAAUGAGAACAAAAAAUAUGUGAACAAAUCUCAUGUAAAAAACAUUUCAAAUGUUGUUGAGAUACAAGCUGAUGACAUCAUAUAUGAACAUUUAAAUAAAAAAGAAGAUAGCGACAGAGAUACAUCUAAAGAUAUCCAAGCACCAAUGAGCAAUAUAAAUCAGAUAAAAGAUAUAAUGGCUCCAAGUAGCACCUCAGACAUGGAUGUUAACAAAUGUUUGGACCAAAAAUCCUCAUCUUCAAUAGAUUUAAGUCUCCAGAUAGGAGACCACAGCAAUGACAAUGUUGGAGGAAAUGAUAAUAGUGAGGAAGGAUGUGCAACAGUACAAGAGCUGGACCAAAAAAUAAAGACAGAGGAAAAAGAAUCACAACUAAAUCCUACACCAACAUCUAGUGUUCCAUCCCAGCAAGAAAACCCAGUCUCAGUAGCAAAGAAAAGCAUCCAGCAACAAAACAACAAAGCAGAAAGGAUCAAGGAACUCAAAUCAUUUUGGGAAAAAGAGAAAUUGCAAUCAAACGUAUGUAAGAAAUCACCAGCAGCAAAUGACACGAACUCAUCUGUGACAUUUACAAAGCUGAAUAAAAGGUUCACCAAAUCAGAAUAUGAUCUAAGUACCAUCAACACAGAAUCUGAGGCAGAAACUUUUAAUUUUACGGUUCUUCCACUACGAGACAGAAUAGAGAAGACAGUCACAGGAGAAGGUAUAAACAGUUUACAGUUUAAGAUGCUCCGUGACUUCUGGGCAGGAUCUAGCAAGCAGUCAUACAAUUUUGAAAACAAAAUUCAUAAGCAAUUAAGUCAGGAUGGUAAACAAGCAAAAACGCACAAAGAGCUAAAUCAACUUGAACACGUGGAUGCAAAACUUUUCCAGACAGAAAAAAGGUUUGGAAAUGAUAAUGGAAAUACUAUGUCUAUGACUUCAGAGACAGAAAGACAGCUCCAGUCAUUUUCAAAAGAGAAAACUGUUGACAAAUGUCCUGAUACAGCUAAUUUGCAUAUUUCUCCAACUGAGCCAGAUGUUCUGAGAUCAUCCCAUUGUCCUGAGCCAAAGAGUGGCUUAAAGUUAUCUCCAAAAGAUACAUCAUCUCCUAAAACUCCAGAAUUCCAGCCGCAGACUAGAAGUACUGGCAAAGGAACUUUAAAUGGAAGAGGAAAUUCUCUUCGACGUGCCACCAGCAUGUUUGCAAUAAAUAUGGAAAGUCAAGGUGAAAAUUUACCCUUGCAGCCUAAGAAGGUAUCUGACACAGUCCACCCACAGCUUGGGGAGAUGCCAGAAAGUACAGUGUUAUCAUCCACAAAAACACCAGAAGUUUAUUUACAGCCCAAAAAGUCUCCAGAAAUCACCAAGAGUAAGCAUAGCGCCACUGACAGAAGCACUUCUGAGGAUCCUGAUUCUCAACCUCUUGCCAGGUCAUUUGUUUCAGGAGACAACAGAGGCAAGGACAUUUCUCCCCAAGCUAGACCGCAGAAGAAGAGUGAAUUAGUGUGCUCCUCAUUUCAGACAGACGGUAGUGUGAAGUGCUGUCUUGAGAACGCUGACAAUCCCAUAGACGCUGCAGAGCUUUGCACCAGAAGAGGGAGCUGGGGACAUGCAAGUGAAGACAACCCCGAGACCUUAAAUAGAGUUGAUUCCUUCUCUGGGACAAGUGCAAACUUCACUGAAGUGAGCCUAGUUCAAGAAGCGUUAAGGCGGGCAUCCACUAGACCUGUAUACCAUAAAAGCCUCGAAGACAUUACUGCAGUACCUCGACAAAGUAAAAAAAGCAAACACAUGGAUGAUUUCAUGACUAGCAGCUAUGCAAUCUCCAGCACUCCAUCGCCAGCUUCAUCUUCCUUCUCUGAUAAAGAGCACCUGAGGAAAAUCAGCAAAUCUGUUCCCAAUUUCUUGGAGAAUGAGAAUGAUGGAGAUGAGAGUGACUUGGAGAGCAGCUCUCACAGUGGCAAGCACCGGAAGAACAGCAGUCCUCAGGCUAAACUUAAAAGCCACUCUCGCAUUUCCGCAGUGCCUUCUAUGAGCAGGAGCAUAAUAAGCAUUUCCAGUGCGGACUUUGGGAAUGUUGAAGUUCAAGGCACGAUCCAGUUUUCAAUCAGCUAUGUCCAAAAGCUAAGGGAGUUUCACAUCUUUGUAGUUCAGUGCCAAAAUCUAGCUGCAGUAGAUGUGAAGAGGAAUCGAUCUGACCCGUAUGUUAAGAGUUACCUUAUACCUGACACUGCCAAUCUGGGAAAAAGAAAAACAUCAGUGAAAAAGAAGAACUUGAACCCAACAUAUAAUGAGAUUCUUAGGUAUAGAGUUCAAAUGGAGUACUUAAAAACCCAGAUCCUUAACCUGUCUGUUUGGCAUAAUGACACAUUUGGACGCAACACCUUCCUGGGAGAGACAGAGAUUGACCUUUCCAAGUGGGACUUUGGAAGCCCUUGGAUUAACUGCUUAUAUCUCAAACCAAGGAACACAAGCAGCAUCCUGUCCACUGAUGAAAGGGGCGAGAUGAGACUGGCCAUACGGUUCUUACCUCACAUCUCCCUUUCGAAAUCGGCCCUAGGCUCAGGUGAAAUUCACAUUUGGGUCAGAGACUGCAGGAACCUGCCUCUGAUUCGUGGUGUAACAAUAAACCCAUAUGCGAAAUGUUAUGUGCUGCCGGAUACCAGCAAAAAGAGCUGCCAGAAGACACGAGUAUUAAAGAGGACUGCAAGUCCUGUGUUUAACCACACAAUGGUGUAUGAUGGAUUCAGGACAGAGGACCUGAAGGAGGCUUGUGUAGAGCUCACAGUGUGGGACCGCGACCGACUCACUGAUCACCUUGUAGGAGGACUGAGACUUGGUCUAGGAACAGGGCAGAGUUAUGGCACAAAGGUGGACUGGAUGGACUCCGUUGCUAAGGAGGCAGCUUUAUGGCAAAGAAUGAUGGAUUCCCCAAAUGAGUGGGUAGAGGAUGUGUUGCCGUUGCGAAUAAUGACAGUAGCAAAACAUAUUUAGAAAUAAUGUGGUAACAGUAUAAAAUGCCAAAAUGCAAUAAUAUACUCUCAUUGAGUGCUUUACUGGGUUUAUUAUAUUAAUAUUCAGUAGAACCUUCAUUUGAUCUUAAAACAACCUGAAUUCUUUCUGGCGUGGAUUCCACAAAAUGUUAGGAAAAUUUUUUUGAGAUUCUGGUCCAUGGUGACAUGAUUGCUUCACACAAUCCCUGCAGAUUUUUCAUGUGCACUUUCAAGCUACAGUAUGACUCUCCUCUUCUACCACAUCCUAAAGAUGUUCCAUUAGACUUAGAUUCAGUUACUGGGAAGGACGCUGAAGAACAUUGAACUCAUUGCCAUGUUUAUGAAUCCAGUUUCAGAGAACUUUUUCUUUGUGACAACAUGCAUUACCUGGAAAUAGCAGGUCAUGGUCAGCAGGCAUUCAAGCGAUGAUCAAGCGGUGAUUGAUUGGAAAUAACAGAACAUCAAGAAUACAUUCCCUACACCAUAUCAACACCUCCAUCAGCCUGGACUAUUUACACAAGGCAGGUUGGGUCCAUGGUUUCUUGAUGGUGGCACCAAAUCCUUUCCGUACCAAACAAGGCCAGGAUUCAGUCCAGCCAGUAUGUCACCAACAAUCAAAAUAACUUUAGAUCACAUUUUCCCCAUUCAUAUGGUUAUUGUGAACAUUGCACUGCCAUAUUAUUGACUGAUAAUUUCAUGAAUGGGCAGGUUUACCAUUGUUUCUAAUAAAGUACUCAGUAACUGUAUGAUUAGUAUUUUUAUUUAUACUACUAGGGGGGCACGGUGGCUUAGUGGUUAGCACGUUUGCCUCACACCUCCAGCGGUGGGAAGUUCGAUUCCU